GGGGAUCUCAGCGGGAGAGGGAUAAUGAGGCACACUAGGGCCACGAGCCUGGUGGAUGCGCUCCGGACCAGAGAGAAGAAAGGGCCGUGAUGCCAGGGGGGAAGUGUCUGCACUGGUCCUAGUGGCUAUUCUGUGGGGAGGGACAAACCCAUUUUUGAAGACGGGGACAGAGGGACUGGAGAAGGUGAAGCAAAGGAACCGAGUGCUGCAGCUGCUUGCAGAGAUGAAAUUCCUGUGCCUCAAUUAUAAGUACAUGGUGCCAUUUUUGUUUAACCAGUGUGGAUCAAUAAUCUACUAUCUCACAUUGGCAUCCACAGACCUGUCCCUGGCGGUGCCUCUCUGUAACUCUCUGGCUUUGAUAGUCACAGUCAUAACUGGGAAGAUUCUUGGGGAGGACAUUGGUGGUAAAAGAGCCGUGGUAGGAAUGCUGCUUACUAUCUUGGGAGUUGCUCUAUGUAUAGCUGGUUCCGUGAACGAGUGAGAAACACUGUGAGAGUGGAAGAAGAAUGAAUGUGCAGAAGUCUCUGCAGCUCUCUGGAGAAGGGAGAAAAUAAGGACAAAAAUCAGGAGAAACCUAUCUUAUCUCCAAGUCUCCAUUCUGUUGGAGAACUGUAUGACUCUUACAGCUCUGUAGAAAAGCCAUCUCUAGAAUCCUGUGCGGAUACAAAAAUGUGGAUCCACAUCUGAUCCUCAUCCACAAGAAUCUAGGAUCUAGAAGGUGAGGAAGCAGUCUCAUAGGCUAUGAGCUGCAGACAGCUGAUUCUCUGCCUUUGAGAUCCUGUAUUUAGAGCCCUGCACGGAUGCAAAAUUUGUAUCCGCAUCUGAUCCACAAAAACGGAUUUACAGGACUCUAGCCAUCUCCAGGAAAUGCAUCCAAUCCUCCCCUGUGGUUAUUUCCACUUUCACACAUUCUGAAGAGGGAAAUUGUGGUGGCACCAAUAAAAUAGCAAAGAAGAGAAUUUGAUUUAAAAGAAGUAAUAAAACUGAAGAAGUUACUUAGGCCACUGCUAGACCAUUGAGUCAUCAAACACGUUCUCAGAUUCCAGCAUUUACUAUUACAUAGUUUGUGUUGCAGAGAGGAGCCUCCGAUAGCUCUAUGGGGUUUUGUUUCUCAAUAUUUAAGAAAAGUUUUGAUGAGACAGUUUCCCUGGAAGGCUUGUCUCCUGGCCAGGUUCUCCUGCUGCAAGAUACGAAUAACUCCCAUGGACCCCAGUGAGAAGUACUUGUCUCUCACAGCAGCAGCCUGAACUCCUGGACAGCUAGUAAUGCAGGAGAGAAAAAGCCUUUUAGUAAUUUACCAGAGAGAGUUACACCUCAUACCUGAUCAACAGGUAGCUCCAUCUUUGUGUAUUCAUCCUCCACUACUUCCCGGGCACCUCGCAUCUCCUUUCUCGGGUCUUUCACUUUAUAGACACUUCCCUCUUCUGGGAGGAAAAGAAAGAUCUUAAGAGGGUAUCCCAGACACUAGCUGUGACUUAAUGCAGCUUAAGCUAUAGGAAUGGCUAGGUCCAGUCUAGUGUCCCUGGGGGCCUUUCAUCACCACCUGCCAUGUUGCUGGCACCGAGGAAAUAACAUUAAUAAGCUGUUAACCAUGUUUAGAGCUUGAUUUUAUACAGCAAAUCAGAUUAAGAACACUGGGUCGGUUCAUUAUGGAGAUGCUGGCACGUUAAAAAAAAAAAAAUCUCAUUUAAAAAGUGUUCCUGACACAGUAACAGGCUGAGCUGCACCUCUGUCCCCCUUCUAUGUCUCCCAGACUACCCCUCCUGCCCUGUUAGACCUUAUGCCUUCAUCUCUCCUGGGCUGGAAUCAGACAUUUCUCCCCCUCUUAGACCAGGCCUGGCCACUGACCAUGGUUACCCAGCAGGUCCAGCUGGGUUUGGUACCUGUGGUUCUUCCUUUUGGGAGCCUGUGACCAAUGGUGAAUAGAGUCAUCAUACAGGCUUCUUAACCAAAGUAUUGUUUAACAGGAGGAACAAAGCACUUAGAGAAAAAUGAUUUUAAGACAUUAAUUUAUUUUACCUACACAUUUACCAUCCCGACGGUAACUGAGGCAGGCCUAACUACUCCUGACACCACAGAGGAGUCUGUGUCAGUCUGGUUUCCCCAAACACCUCCCACGCCAGAGAGAGAGAGAGUUCCUUUUGAUCUGUAAUUCCCAGCCUUUUCCCAUCCUGGCAUUGUCUCUUAACGCACCUCAGGUGUUUCCUAAGGGGGCCUGGUGUCUUAUCUUGAACCAUUGUGUUUCCUUCCUGCUUGUUUUCCUUGCAGCCCCCUAUUAAACUAAACCAAUAUAGUCACACAGUAAACAUUCAGGAUUCAUAAGUUAUUGCAGCGCAGCUGCACAUCCACCACAGUUCCUUCCCCGUGUUGCUGCUGGGCGUUCAGACGCAUAUUUGCUUUUCACCUUUUAUGCUCUUUAAUUAUUGCCCCAACAAAUAUAGUGGGGUGCCGCUCCAGGCAACUCCAGACAGAGUUCAGUACCUCAGCUUCACGGCGACUCAGGUCUCAAGAAAGUUUCAUUCAUGGGGCGUUUGUUGAGGAGAGGAAGGAAUGGAAUUACAACGGCAGUUAGGAGAUACACUAGCGACUGUUCCCCUUUAGCACCUCGGAGUUAGACUGCUCCCUUAGCAUCAAAUUAAGGCCAUUUCCUGUCAUUCCUAAACAUCCCUAGUGACAUUCUUUACCUUGGUCAGGCCAGUGUUGCAUGUUCCUGCUAUUUGUCCUGUUUUGCCCUGCACGGACAGGCUUAGCGUGGAAAACAGACUCUUCCUCUUUGCGUGGAUAUUUCCCGGCUUGUCUGCGCACUGCUGGAGAAGGAACGGGGGUCUUGUCUUUCUCUGCGGCUCCUGUGGACUGCACCCUGCGAUAGUCCGGCUGAAAUUAACAUUCACAAUAACUUCCUUAGUGUGUUUCUUAUCCUAGGGCUUGGGAGAAUGAGAGACUGAUUCUACAGCACUAGUUAGAGAGACACUAGGCCAUCUGCCCAAUAUGGCCCCGCCAGCACACCUCAGAGCUGACUGGCAGGAUCCCAUAUGAUACCAGUUCUGAAAACAAGGUUUUAAUGCAAACUACUAUGCAGCUUAACUAUAGUGGGUCACACCCAGUGCUUGCUAUAUUCAUUACCUGCUGAGGUGAAUCAAUGAGGGCAGAGUCGCUAGCUCCAUCCUGGGAGGUGGCAUAGCUUUUACCAAACUGAGAACAAGAACAGGAAAUGUUUCAACAAAUGUAACAAGACAGACACCCCUCGAAAAGGACAUGGCAGCCUGGACUUGUUGGGACAGUUCGUUUUCAGUGGAGUGCCCAGCUGAACCCAGCUCCUGUAUCUGAGAUCCCUGUACGACCGCUUCCUACUCACACAAGAACUCUCUCCUGUCCAUUCCAAGAUGUUUUCUCAGAGCAGCUGCCUUUAUUGAUCAUGAAGUGGCAAAAAGAAGGGCACGAGCCCAAAUUUGCAAGCCAGCACUAUGGGGCACCGUGCAACAGAAGGGAGAACCAGAUGGUCAUUGGCUACAUAAAUGUCUCCUGCUGGUCACUACUGGGCACUGGCAUACCAGAGGAAAGGACACCACAAUCAGGACCAUCAGAAAAUAAGACCUGAAGAAGUCAACAUCAAGGUCCCAAAAUUAAACAAAGAAGGGGAUGUUUAAGGCCUGCUCUGGAGCAGCUUCUGUUGGAUGGAGAUAAUACACAGUGGCAAAACACUAAGAUCUACUAACGAUCUUACUAGGGGGCUGCAUACUUGGUUGCUUCUGUAGGCUGGGCUUACUGCACACACCAGGUGCUCCUUGCAUCCCUCCAUUCUCCCCAUUGCCACCCUCCUUUAUUUCAGGGACUCCCUGCAGCCCCCUCCACUUCUCCCCCAUAUCAGACCCCUUCAUUCUCCCCCUGCCCCCAGUAGAGGUUCUGUGUGCAACCCCAUUCUUCCCCCGUGUGAGGGCUACCCAUUUCCCCCACCAUUCUUAUUCUCUCUCUCUCUCUCUCUCUCUCUCUCUCUCAUCUUCUCCCCUGUUCAGGAUUGUCAACAUUUUAAACCCAGCCAACACAGAGCUAAAAUGAGCAGUAUUAUUAGGCUGGAAUGUCCAAACAGAAAAAUGCCAUCGAGUUGAUGUAAAGGCCUCACAAGCUUAGCCAGUUAUUAUUAUACUAUAAAGAGCAGGCAAGUAGGGUGCCUUCAUAGGGCAGCUGUGGAGAACCCCGCUACUGCUUUAAACAGAGAGAAAUGAAGCAAAGAUAGGCAUUUCCAGCCAGGUCCCAUUGCUCACAUCCAGAAGAUACUGUAUCAGAAUCGGUGUUGGGGGCAGCUUUUCUGCUGCAUCCAUUUACACGUGUCCACUAUGUAUAAAUUUAUGUCUAAACCAGCUUGAUGGCUGGUCUGUAGUGUAAGUGUAGCAGCCCACGCAGGCUGAGCUACCUACCCCCUGAUUGUGGCUCCUGCGUCUGUUGUUUGGAUGGUUCCUGAAACACAAAAAAACGAACCUCAGCAUGUCGAGAUCCAACAUAUUCAGAGACAGGGUGUGCGUCCAUGGGAUGCGCAUGCACAAAUAUUCAUCCUGGCAUUUUUUUUUCCCUUUUCCACAUUCACAAGCGAGUGCAGUGCUGGUGAAAGGUGCUGGAUUGACAGCGCAGGAGAUCUCUAUUCUCACAGCAGGCAGAGCGCAGGUAGCAUCAGUGCAGGCUCCUCCUCCAAUGUGCCUCAGCCCUAACCUGACGAGGGAGCUGUCUCCGGGACCUAGUCAAUCCUGUACUGCUCUGUGGAGACGACCCACAGGAAUGAGAAUUCGUGAUGCUUGUGAAGAGCUGUUUGACUCUAAAUUGAACCAGUACCCACCAUUCAUUUCACACAGGCCACUAAACAGCCAGCAGGAGAUUAAAAGAAAAAAAGCUCUUAGUCACUGCUGACCUAGGCUAGAUUUGAAGCACCAUCCUAGGGGUGGAAGGAUCUAUCCCAUUGCCAAUCCCAGACCGUCCAAAUCUGCUGCUAUUCCCAACUGACAACUGCUCUUUGGCCCUUGCUACAGGACUACUGGGAAACUCAGCCAAGCUACUUCUUUUUCUGGUGCUGGGCACGGGGAUUUCAUAGGGUGGUUUUGUACAUGUUAAAAACAGCCCCUGACACCAAAAUGGGGUACAAAAUUGGGUUUUUUUAAAGCACUUUCUAUCAUAAUUCAGAUUAUUUUAAUCCAAGGCCUCAAAACACUCUCACAACA